GCCAAUCCAAACUCAUGUUAGUGAAUGGGGGUGGAAUGAAUAUAAGGUGAAGCAGAGCUCAGCCAAGUAGAAGGUUUACAGUCAAAGAGAACAAGGAGCAUCUGAAGGAUCCCAAUACUACAUCAUACCAGGCAGAUUAAAGAGAAGAAAUCGUGAAAGGGCUUUACACAAAAGUAUGAUGGAUGGAGCAGGUGAAAAGCCAUUUCCUUGCACUGAAUGUGACAAAUCCUUUACAUCAAAAACGUAUUUAAUUAUUCAUCAGAGGAUACAUACAGGGGAAAAGCCAUUUAUGUGUUCAGAAUGUGACAAGAGCUUCUUACAAAACGGUCCUCUCAUUCAGCAUCUGAGGAUUCAUACAGGGGAAAAGCCAUUUAUGUGUUCAGAAUGUGACAAGAGCUUCUCACGAAAGAGUGAUCUUAUUCAGCAUCUGAGGAUUCACACAGGAGAGAAGCCAUAUCAUUGUUCUGAAUGUGAUCAAAAAUUUUCCCACCAAAGUUCAUUGACUGAACACAAGAUGGUUCACACAGGAGUGGGGCCAUAUCAGUGUACUGAAUGUGAUAAAUAUUUCAACAACAAAGCACAUCUCACAAAACAUCAGAGGAUUCACACAGGAGAGAAGCCUUUCAGAUGUUCAGAAUGUAACAAGUGCUUCUCACAAAUAUCCAGUCUUUAUACACAUCAGAGGAUUCACACAGGAGAGAAGCCGUAUCAGUGUACUGAAUGUGAUAAAUAUUUUUCCAACAAAUCAAAUCUCAGAAAACAUCAGAGGAUCCACACAGGAGAGAAGCCAUUUAGAUGUUCAAAAUGUGCAAAGUGCUUCUCACAAAAGUCACAUCUGACUCAACACCUAAAAAGACAUACAUAGGGAAGUCAUUUAGAUGUCCAGAAAGUGCUUAAUACAAAAAGAAAGAAUGUUCUUGUGAUCAGAAGACUUAUAGGAAAGAGGCUGUGCCCUUGUUCUUA